UAUACUCUUUGGUCACAGGCGCCAUGAGCCAGCACAGAUGACAGAGCAUAGAUUAAAAUUACAACCUUUGUUUAUAUUCUAGCUUCUUGAUUCUUCAGUCUUCACAUUUGUACAAAUUACAAACGCAACCUGAGUUAUGAACUGAAGGCAGCUCACGAGGAUUAUAAUAAUACCUUAGGUCAUUUGCAGUACUAAGUAAUUAUCAGUUAUAAGUUAUAACUUCAUAGGUGCAUAUUUCUGGGAUCAUGACAAGUGUUGGUAAAGCGUUCUUGCGAGCCCCUCAAACAUUGUUGAUCAGUAAACGAUUUCGCGGAAAAGUUAAUAUACAAAAACCUCGAAAGCCCCAUUUUGAAAAGCAACUUUUCUUAGACAUAUCUAAGCCUUUCUACAAACCACCCUCAUACACAAUAAGGGAAAUAGAUCUAUGUAAUUAUAAUAAAAAAUUCGCAAAGAAAGAGAUUGACAACCCAUUUGAAAGAAUUUUAGCCAGAGAAUGUCUUGAAUGGUUUAACACCUCUAAAAUGGUUGUGUUUUUACAUCUUAACUCUAUUUCUAUGGAGGACAAAACUCCGGUGUUUGCAGCAUUGAAAAAGAAUGAUAUGCACUUAAGAACAUAUGGUAAAAAGAUUGUUAGUAUGGCUACAACUGGAACGAGGUAUGAGGCUGUCAACCACUUAUUCACUUCACAUCAAAACAUUAUAUUUGGCCAGCCGGAUAGAGCUAACAAAAUGUUCAAGAUAUUGAAAAAAACCCCUCAACUCGUGGUAAUGGCUGGAAUAAUCGAAGACAGAUUAUUAUCCAAAAAUGAGCUUGUGGAAUUUAGUAAAUUACCUAAUAUAGAUGUCGCUAGAAGUCAAUUAUGUUCUGUUCUUCAAAGCGCUGGAUCAUGCCUUGUGAACCAACUGAAUCAAAAUCAACAAAUAUUAGUAUCCCAUCUUGAUAAGCAUGUAGAGAUACAGCAGUCACAGAAUUGUGAGAAAGAUGAAACAAAAUCAGAGAGCUAGAAGUGAAUAAUUUUUAUUGAUAUUAUAGAUGUUAAUAAAUACAGUUUAUGUAGUUAAUUAAAGUACUUUAUACUAUCAA